AUGUUGAGCAUCAGCUCAACGGACUGCAUCGAUGUUGGGAGGUAUCUGCCUCAUUCAUACAGAUUUGCGCUGCCUGCGUGUCCAAGCCGCAAGUCCACGCCUCAUGUUGCCAUCGGCGCAGCCAGAUUCCUGGUGGCGACGGAGGAAGAUGUCGUCGGCUUUGAAGAGAGACUGGCACAGGAUUCGUCACUGCUCGACGGUGCCCACGUGAAUCGGGGCGACAAGUUCCUGCAUCAUGCCGCCCAGGAGGCUGUCACUGCAGUUUGCGACGUGAAGGUGCAGCCUCCUCUCUGUAGAGUUCCUUUGUCCGUUUCCAGCGAGCGUGCCACGUGGGAGUUUGUCAAGAAACAGACUUUGGCCCGAGUGGCACAGCAUGUUGGGACCGUCUCGGAGGAUGACCGGCUCCUGGCCGAAGACGACAGCAAGAACAGCUUCAGCAUCAACCAGCGCCAUGCCGUCAUCGUUCGGCGAGAGGAGAGAAUGGUUCUGCGGAGCUGGUGCAACGUCGUUGUUCGAAUAGCCGCCUUCUUGAACACGCCGCAGGCCGAGGAGUCGAUGGCAACGAUCAAGCUCCCCGAUGACCAGGUCCUCGAAAACGACGAACCACGUCAGCGACCGCGGUAUUGGGAGCGCCUCUUAGCAGACCGCGACCCAGCACACGUCGAGGCAGGAAGCCUUUGUUUCCCUGAUGACCAGCUUGCAGUUUCAGGGUAUGAGGACAUGAGGACCCCCAAAUGUUCAUGA